UCACGAAUCACGAACAGCGAUCGCAAUAUGGCUUCCGCCACCGCUAGCAAGUGAGAGUACCUCCGAAGGUGACAUCGAAACAUGGUGAAAUAUUCAAAGGUGCGCGAGGCGUCGCGCGUGUGAAAAUCGUUCGUGCGUCCCUAUUGAGAAUCGUGUGCCGCGGGAUCGAUCGUCUGCCGUGGAAAUAACGCGUACGCUCGAAAAACAAAACAUUACUGGCGGAGCGAGAGAGAGAGAGAAGGAGACACACACACUACACGACAUACACUGUGUUCUGUCUCUCGGCGAAGCGAGACGAACUGCACGCACGGGUCUGUAGUUGGAAAAGGACAGAGUGACAGUGCGAUACAUCGGUUCGUUACGCUGGAGGUUUCUGACACGACGUACUGUGCACGUCGGUUGAAAAAGCACGGAAAUACCGUGAGAGAGCGUGUGUGUGUGUGUGUGUGUGAGAGAGAGAGAGAGAAAGAGAGAGAGAGAGAGCGAGUGAGAGUGAGAGAGGUCGGGACUGCGAUCAUCGGAGACGCGGUGACGCGAACGCUGUAAUCGAGGGAAAAGGGAAAAGAAAAGAAAGAUAAAGAUAAAGGAGAGUAUCAAAUCUUUGGAUGGUUGUGAAGCGCGGUGCGCGCGACUCACGUCGAAAGCGUGGCCCUGCCGAUGUGUGUUACGACGUCCCGUACAACACGCCGUAUCGCCCCGACUGCCGUGUGUACGUGAGAUCUCUUUCGGUGGUGGACGUUGAAAGGAGACAGGCAGACGGGUGGACGAGCGUGGAAGAAUGAGAAAAAGAGUAGAGAGGCACAGGGUGUACAUCGACGAGCAGCAGCACGACGACGUAACAGAGAGAAGAAGAGGCAAAAGAAGAGCGAGCGAGUGAGUGAGCCGGGGCGACGUUGCCAGAGUUUUCCUUCUCGCUGUUCCCUACUGUACAGCACGUCCCUUCGUGUGCCCGCGAGAAAGACCGAAACGGAGAAUAAUGUGACAACGAGAGCGAGAGGAAACUAGAGUGCGAAACAGCCGCCCAGCGCAGUGAGACAGAGAAGACAACCCGGGGCCUGUAUAAUCGAGUAAGCGUGGUGACUCGCGGGGAAACGAUCCGCGAAACUUUUCUUUUUUUUAACGCUCGAUAAUUCUCGCCGAUCUCUCGCUCGAUUCGACCGAUUCUCGCGGCGAGUUUCGUUCGUGAUCCUCUUAGACGUGAUCUGCGAAUGCCACGAGACGACUCCCAAUGACGUACACACGAAACACGUGACACGCCGAGUUGGGCCGAUCGACAAGCCAUGAAGAAGCCACGCGUGGACCGGGACCGGCUUCGGGAGCGGGAACGACAGGCCCGCGCGGCGAUGUCGGUCCAGGCCGAACAGGCGGCUGCAGGAGGUGGUCCUGACACCAGGCAUCAUCACCAUGGUCACCACAAUCACGCUCACCAUCACGCUAAUUCGCACGCCGCCGCUGCUCCACUAUUCCGUGCUCCCGUCAGGGUGAGUCCGGACGCCCGAGACAGCACGACGCAGCAAAUUCAAUUGAAAUUGGGCAACUAUUCUCUGGUGAAGCAUCUUCUGGACGAGCCGAAACGGCUGAUCGGCAUCGAGGGUGUACCGCCGAGUCCUGCCCCGCCUCCGGCCGUGUGCCUUCGGCUGAGUUCCAAUUCGGUCGGCUCAAAUUCCAGGAGCUCGCCCUCCUCUCAGGAAUUCAAGAAACCCGGAGGACCGAGGACCGACGGUAGCGGUUCGUCCUCGUCGUCGUCGUCGUCAUCCUCGGCAUCAUCGUCGGCGGCGUCUGCUUCGUCGUCGUCGAAUCAUCCACAACAACAACAACAACAACCACCACCACCAUCACUACCACCACCACCACCACCACCACCACAACAGCAGCAACAACAACAACAACAACAACAACAACAACAACGCGGCGGUUUCGUGAAACCGGCCGACGGAAAGCCCCCGUACGGAGGUAGGGGUAGCUACCCUGGCCAGUCGGUGAAGCUGCACGGGGCCAGUGGCAACGAUCAUCGAAGCCACGGUUUAUUACCCCCCAAAGGACCGCCCACGAAUUCACCUGGGAACGGUGCGCUCGUUAACAAUUCGAGUAUCGGGAAUUCCAGCGGCAGCAGGCUUCAUUCUGUCAGCAGCAGACUGUCCAGGUUACCUCUCGAUAACGGAACAAGUUCGAGGCCUGGCGCCGCCGAGAAUUCGGCCGAUGUGGAGAACAUUCUAAAAGAAAUGACCAUGCCGCCCACACCUCUGACGGCUAUCGCCCAGACGCCGAGGAAAGAACUCGAGUCAAAGUUCACGUUCAAUCCAAUGCUGGCAAAGUUGACCGAAGUGACGCCGCAGGAAGCCACGAAGCCUCCUCAGCCCCUUACAGAGCGCGAGAGGCACAACGCCAGCAGACUACCAUCCACCGAUUUGGAGCGAGAUCUGAGUUUAUCCGACAGUGAGGAUGAAACAAAUAAGGAGACGUCAUCGCAAACGACAAAGGAAAACAAAAGUCCGAACCUCACAGUCGAUUUAUCGAUGCCAGCGAUGACACCAGCUCCUCCACCUUUGGCGCCCAUAUCACCCAUGGCUCCAUCACCGGUGGAUCCACUUUCGCCCGCGAGGCAGCUUAACUCGAGCAGACCGCCGUCAUCUGCGAAGCAAAUGACGCCCGAGGAAGAGGUCUCACCCCCGCCGGUGAACUCGUUGCAGUCGAAAGACACGCCGAGCCCACCACCGGUGAAUCAAAGGCCGCCGAGCCCGUUGGGCCAGGCGCCACAGAGCUCCGGAAGCGCCAGUUCCAGCUCGGAUUCCGGCUCGGAUUCCGGUUCCGAUAGCAGCGACGACUCCGAGGACGAAACCGGCAGCACUCAGCCCGCCAAGGGUCCAACCACACCUCCCUCGGUAUCACCAAAGAACGAAAAUGUGAUCGAAGAGCCGCUGCCCGCGGUCGAGGAGUCGAAGCCACGGUGGAACCUCAGCUCGUUCUUCAACAAGACCGCCGUGCCUCACGGGGAGCAGAGCUCGGAGAACAAGCAGUCGCAGGAUCGCAGCAGGCGGGAUACAGAUUCACCGGCGGUGGCGGCGAACGCCAAGACGCUGAGGGACAAGACGACGCACGACUGGCAGCACGGCGACGCUGUGAAGAGCAAACGUAACGCCGCGAUGCUCAACCUGCUGGACAGUGACAGCGAUCGUCCGUCGGAUCAUGAGAAAGGUCAGCCGGUGGAACAGAGCAGCCGUGUCCAGCCGGAAAAACCAAAGGUGACGGACGCGAGGAAACGUGGCCGACCGAGGAAGCCGACCAAGAGCCCGAAGGCCGGUCAUCGUACCGCGGAGGAAAAUCUGAAAAACGGCAAAGCUCGUAGCCGAACCAGAGCAGUGGGCAGCCCGAAGAAAAAGGCGCCUGUCUCGAAGCCGAUGAUAACGACCAGCGACGACGGAUCGCAAGGCGAGUCAAGCGACUCGGACAGCGAUCGGACGAACCGUAAGGUGUCGCCCGUUGUUGUCGCGGCUAUAAACGAAAAGAGGUCUAGGCUGAGCGAGUCCUCGGAGAGCGAAGACGAAAGCCCGCCGCCUAGAAAGAUCAUGAACACCGAGGACGAUAAUACCGCGCGUUGGAGGAGAAUGCCUCUUAAGAGAAGCAAACUGAUGGUAGACGCGCCGAAGAAGCAAGACAAAAAGCCGACAAAGGCGAAACCGAGGAGGCCCAAUACGCGGGUCACCGUCUCUGAUUCCGACAGCGAGUCUGAGAUGUCAGUGAGGAAUCGUCAGGUUGCUUGGGUACCUCCGAGACCAAGGGCACCGCCGACUCGAGCCACCUCGCCGGAGAAUUCCGACAGCGACAACAGCCCGGGCUCGAAGUUGCAGGAGGAGGACGCGGGCAAUGUACAAGACAAGAAAAAGAGCGACACUCUUCGAAAAGUGUUCUCGUCGUCCAUGGGCGGAGGGAAGGUCGGAGGUAAAGGUGGUAAAGGUGGCAAAGGCGGAGGAAAGUGUGGCAUCUACGUGGAAGAGUACACAGCCUCUGCCAACACACCGACGGGAGGGGAGAGUCCGUACAAGAGACCAUCGUCACGGUCGUCCAGCAUGAUUCAGUCUUUCCCCCCGCUCACCUACGUGAACGGCGUGCCGAGUUUGUUCUGCAGGAUCGACUUGAACAAACUUCCGCACAUAUCGCAGCUGUCGAGGGGGCAAGAGUUGAGGCAGCGCACGGAACUUCCAAAUACGAGGCCGUCAUCGAGGCAAACCUCGUCCCAUCAACCUCCUCGGCCACCUACGCCGGAGGAGGGGGAAAUCGUCGACACGCCACCGCCUCAGCAGCUCGCCUCCGACGCGAGGAUUCACGGCGACGGUUUGCUAGUUGACAGUGAUCUGAAGAACCGUGCUGUGAUCAAGGGCGAAUUCAUAUCGGACACGAAGAAUAAUUGCGGUAUCGGCCACGGCGCUGGUAUUGCCGUUGCAGGUGCUAGUGGAAGUAGUAGUGGUGCUAAUGCUACGGGUAGCGCACCCAAGAGGAAACGUAAUCCGAGUUGUAGUUCUGUGUCCAGUUUAAGUACUGUGUGUUCUUUGGAGUCGAAAUCGAACGCGGAACACAAAGACAGUAAAAAGAGAAAGAUCAAUGAUAUUGACGCUGAUGCCCUUGCAUCUGGGCCAUCUUCCAGCCAGGUAUCCGACAAAUUAGAUUUCCUGUUUUCGUUGAAUUUCGCUCGACGUUGCCCAACCUUGAGCGAUAGUAUGGGUCUCGAUCCUGAGCAACAAAUUGAUAUGCAACCAACGAAUCAUGAACGGAAUGAAGAGAAUCUUGAUACCGACUUAUUGCCGCCACCACCUCCACCUCAGCGCUUAUUUUAUUCCUACUUCAAUCCACAAAAUGAAGUUCUAGAGGAGCAGGACAGGUGGGACCAAAAUCAGUACCUGAUGGAAGCCAAGCGACUGAAGCACAGCGCCGACCAGGAGUGUGAGGUCACGGCGCAGUGUAUGCUUUACCUAGAGGCCGUCUUGUGCUUCCUACUUACUGGUAACGCUAUGGAGUCCGAUCCUUUAACUGAGAGAGCAUCGUUUACUAUGUUUAAAGAUACUCUCAGUCUUAUCAAAUACAUCUCUUCGAAGUUCAAGAGCCAGCACAAGAACACAGUAGAAGGCAAAAUACAGUACAGAUUGAACACUCUAAGUCUGUUCUGCCAGUCCCUCUUAUACUUGAAGUUGUUCAGGAUGCGCAAAUACGAAACCAAAGAGAACCAAAAACUCAUCAACGAUUAUCAGAUCUCUCAGGGAAUACCGAUACAAGAUGGACUACUAACACCAUGUUUGUCACCAACACCUUCGCCAGCCGGUUCCGUGGGUUCCGUUGGUAGCCAGAGUUCCGGAUACAGCAGCGGCGAAUUGGCGAAUCGAGGAGGUCAACCUUCUGGUCAACCUUCGUACAUUAAUCUUCCGCUUAAUGUUUAUAACGCCAUGAACAGGGAACAUUACAACUGUGGCUUGCUACUACAAUCUCUCGAUCUAUGGGACCAGGCAAAUGCUCUGGUGACAGAAAAGCACAGAGAUUUCUUUAUCGAGCUGGAUGAAAAAUUAGGCCCUCUCACGCUGAAAAGCUCAUUGCGUGACCUGGUGCGCUACGUCCAAGCCGGUAUAAAGAAGCUUCGAGUUCUCUGACCACUGUGGCAUAGUCCCAGACCGCCCACCCCAAAUUAUAUUACUUCUCUCCCGCAAAACAUGGCCACGUAUCCAACUUUGUACACAUAAAAGAUAUAUGUGAAAUGAAAUCCUUAUGGAUUUGAAAAAUAUACGAUUGGCAAUCAUACGAUUCUAGUAAUGUAACGUGCGUUGAGAAAAGACGCCGAAUAUGAGAAAAAAAACUAAAAGAAAAAAAAAAAAGAAAACAAAACGGGAGAAGAAGUCGAGAAUAUUCUCAACGAAUAUAAUAGAAUUAUUCGGGUGAGGCGUAAGAAUUUAAAAUGGUCUGGGCAGUAACAAAGAGACCAUUAUAUUCGAUAUAAUUACAUUCGAAAGCUGUAAUCGUUACUCUCCUCGUUAGAUGAAUUUUUUUUUAAAUUGUUAGCACCAACUUUAUAGUCAAUUCAAAAUUACUCAUCUAUCAGUUAAGAAAACUGAAAGAAGGAUCGUCAUGGAUCCGCUAUCGGUGCGUUGAGAGAGAGAGAGAGAGAGAGAGAGAGAGAGAGAGAGAGAGAGAGAGAAAGAGAGAGAGAGACAGAGAGACAGCCUCUUGUAUUCUGUGCGUAAUACGCAUUACUUAUUUUCGAGACUGGCAAUGUGAAAUCCGAGAGAAAGGAUCGAGAGAAAGAAUAAACGUUCGAAAAGAAAGAAAGAUAGAAAUGAAAGAAAAAAGCCAGAGGGGUAACACUUGGUCCCUAUUUUUUUCGAAGUAAAUCAUUUUUGUAAAAUAACAAAUGGACUCGAAAAGUGGAAGAGAAACAAGAAAACGAGAAGAGAAGAGGAAACUACAAAAAAGAAAUAAGAAGUGCCACAGAAGCGCCCGUGUGUUCUCGCUUUACGGUGCGCCGCAGCCGACGUUACCUGAAGCAUAAGUUUCGUCUUGGCGAUUCGAGUGCGACACAAGGAUACACAUAUAUGCAUAUAGUUUAUUACUUAUAUAAAUAUAUAAAUAAAUAUAUAGAUACGAAUAUAUAUUUAAUGAAAAGAGAACCAAGCUGGCGUUUCGUUUUUAGCGAAAAGGAAACAAAACAAAACAAAACAAAAAAAAAAACCAGAAGAAUACGGCAGUCGUGAGAUUCGGGAGGAUUAAGUGAGAGAUAGAGAGGAAGAAAAAAGAAAAUGGAAGAGAGACAGGGACGGGAGAAUUUAGUAUGAUGAUGCAUUUCUCUUCGGCAAAGAUGCGUCGCGAGCAACAAGAUCAACAUUUUGAUCUGAAAUCGAUAUAACAUUAACUACUACUAUUACGGUUAACGUCGCUGAACGACAGGCACGACUUUUUGUAGAUAGAUUACGAAGGUGAUUCGUAAAAAGAUAAUUUAGAUUAGAUAAUUCAUACGCAACAAGGAAAAACAAAGUUAAACGGUAACAGAAAAAAAAAAACCGAACAACCAAUACAUAUUAUUUACAUUAUUUAGGAUUAACUGGAAAAAUAAGUAGAGAAUCUAGCAAUGAAAAUUAAACAAAGAAAUAUUCAGAUAAUUAUACAUAAUGCAUACACUAUAUUAUAAAUAGUGCGAUUAUAAAGGAAGAAACAAAAAGAUGAAAUGGAGUGGAGUGAAAUGAAAUGAAAUGAUAAUACGAAAAAAAAAAAAAAAACGAGAACAAACACCAAAAUGAAAAAAAAAAUAAAAAAUUUGCGCAUCUCAUUGCACGAGAAAAAAACAACAAAAGAAAAAGAGAUACCAAGCGUAAUGGAUAAGUAAGUUGCUCAUGUAUAUUUUUGUAAAUAGAUAUUUGCGAGUGCCGCCGCCUUGAGGGUGACCUGUCGACGUUUAAACGCACGCGACAGGCCGGCCCGCCCCAAUUUUUGCUACCACAAAUCUUAUCGAGAUUCAGAAAAUUUCUGGUAAAAGGAAAAGAAGAAGAAGAAAAUAUUAAACUACACGUACACAAGAUAUUACAUGUCCGCCGAAAUUGUCCCAAAAGUUCUUUCCAGUUCAUUAGAGAUGCUUGCGUUAUGUUCAAUCUUCUUUUUUGUACAUAUACUUUGUACAUAUGUAUUUCUUUUAUCUUCGUUUUUUUUUUUUUUUUUCUUUUUAUGUUUUUUUUUUUUUUUUUUUUUUUUUUUUUUUUUUUUUUCUUUUUAUGUUGUCCGAUUCGAUUGAUUAUUAUGCGUCAUCCGCCUCUCUCGAAUCGGUUGUCAUGUUUGUCCGAUAUGCUUCCUUUUCUUUUUGUUGUUUCGUCACCGAGAAAACUCAAAAUGGAAAAAAAAAAAAAAAAACAAAACAAAAAAAGAAAAAAAAAAAGAAAAAAUAGGAGAAACCGUUCUGUCGCAGGAUACGCACGCAAUUUUAGCGAUUUUCCUAUAUUUUCGCAGCUGUGGGAAUGUAGGAAAUUAAAAGUAUACGAAGUCUGAGUGAACGUAAAGAAAAGACGAGAGGAGAGAACGUACACUUAUCUUUCUCGAUAAAACAGCGAAUUCGAUUUGAUGUGUGUGGCCGUUGUAACGAGACGAGAAUGAAGGAGAAGCAUUAGGCAAGUCAGCUGGCGCGCGAGCAUUCAACCCGGGAGUAAAUCUCUUUUUCGGACCAGAAUCGUAACGAACAAUUUAUCUCGACGAUUAGUCACAAAACAUAUCGAAAUUGAAUUGAAUUAAAUUCCGACACUCCCGGGCAGCAUUUUCGUAUCUAACAAUAGAUGGUAUCGUGCGAGAAAGAUGCUGGACCAAUCUGUAAUUAAUCCGUAGGGAUUACGUUCAAUAAUAAAAAUGCGCCGCGUUCGCUGGUUCGUUGCUGAUGCUUCUCUACAAGUGGGCAACUAGAAAGGAGAAAGUAAAUAGACGGAUGAAUAAAAGGGAAGAAAAGAGGAACGAAAGAAGUAAGCACAGUAGGGCGGGGUAGGGGUGGAAAAAAAAAAAAAGAAAAAAAAAAGGAAACGCUGGAACCAUGGCAAAAGGAUCGAACACGAGUUGACGAGACUCAGGGGGGCCCGUAUAGAGUUACUAAGUGCGGUCCAAUGGUUCACGGGAUACAAUUUUAUACCUCGUGUGCGCGUGCACACGGACUGAAGGAUAAAAGAGACUAAAAAAAGAGGUCUAUUAAAAAAAAAAAAAAAAAAAAAAGUUUUGAUAUUUUCGAGACACAUAUUUAUA